AUGGCCCUCCGGUAGGUUCCCCAGUUCUGGAACGACUCCUCCGGCAGGAAGUCCUCCUUAGUGCAAGAGCACCCCCGCCUCUUCGCGCCGCCAUCGGAAGCCGCGUCGCCGACAGUUCCCAUUGCUACCACCGCUGCCGCCGCUCGGCUGA